AUGAUUGAAAAAGAAGAACAGAAUACUGAAAGUAACGAAGAAAAUGUAAAAUUCGACUUUUCGUCGGCGGAGAAUCAAGAAGCACGUGCUUUUUUACGAGAACGUUUUCUACGUAUGAUAACUGGUAUUGUCGGAAAAAAGGCCAAAUUUAAUUUGUAUGAAAAUUCACGCGUUACUGGUGAAUUUCGUGGCUCUGACAUCGACUGCCUGGAAUUAUUUGUGAGAAACUUGGAGACUCCACUUGGAAUAAUUCCAGAAGCUAUUCUCAGAACAAACGAUAUUAUCUCCAUGGAAGUUGAAAAUAUUAUAAAUAAUUAA